AAACACUGGGUCAUCUUCCGUACACAGGUGCGAUCUGUUAAAACAAUCACAGCAUUUAUUAUCUCAGGGUAAACAGAAGCACCAGAUAAUCCUUUUCUGGCCAUGUUAUAGUCAUCAUUUGAAUUCAGAUAUAUACAAUUCAGCCAUCAUACAGACACGCGUUUGUUUCGCAGUUAACAUUAUUUAAUUGCAAACAUUAGUAAAUGUUCAUAUAAAUUUUGGAGGAUUUUCAGAACAAUGCUAAGUGCUAAGGCUAGGGCUUUCAGUAUCGACAGUCUGUUAGCUGUAGGACCAGGUGUUACUAAGGAAAGCCAUGCAGACUUUCGGCGCCAGGACCUGGGAGUCUGUCAUCGAGAACAUCCGACAAAGAAGCACUCAAUCAGGAAGUGCUUCCACCCCGCGCUGCACACUAUUGCAGAUGACACAGCCGAAUGUAAACUCCAGAUCGAACUGUGUCAGAAUGAUUUGUGGCAUGCCUUCCACAAUUUAGGAACGGAGAUGAUUAUCACAAAAACGGGAAGGCGAAUGUUUCCUGCAAUCAGAGUAAAACUCCACGGACUGGACCCUAGUUGCAAAUACACCGUAUCUUUAGAGUUUUCACAGAUAGACAAGCAGAAGUAUCGUUAUGUGUAUCACAGUUCAAAAUGGAUGGUAUCUGGACUUGGAGAUGAAAUGAUACGUGAUCAGACUUAUCGUCAUCCAGAUUCACCAGCAAAUGGUUCAGUGCUUGAAACACAAAUUAUUUCUUUUGAAAGAAUUAAACUCACCAACAACGACUCGCCCAAGUAUGGACAGAUUUCUUUACUGUCCAUGCAACGCUUCGUACCUCGACUUCAUGUGCACCAAAUAUCAGCUGAUGGGAUUAAAGUUCGUCACUUCAUGACGUCAUUUCCACAAACAUCAUUCACCGCAGUCACUGCUUACCAAAAUCAAGAGAUAACCAAACUGAAGAUAGCCAGAAAUCCAUUCGCCAAGGGCUUUCGAGAGGCCGGAAAAAACAGAAGUUCGCUAGAAGUCAUGUUGGAUUCCUUCGCCACACGGGGUACCAGGCCUCAGUAUAAUCCGAUGCCAGUUAAAAGACAACAUGCAGAGCAUCAGGACGAGAGAGACCAAGGACUCGCCUUGUAUCUUACUGGCAAAGAAAUGAGACUAUUAACUAGUGUUUGGAACAAUACUUCUCCCAGCAGUGUUUCUCCUGAUCAUAUGCUGAAAUAUCCGUAUCUUCUACAAGUUCAACCUCCGUCAUCUCACAGAGAUAUGCAGAUUCCAUGUAUAAAUUGUGAAUCCAACACAACUGCAGACGUUUUUCAAGGUGGAACACAGACUGUGCACAACCCCGGAUGUGUAGAACGGUCUCCGUCACAACGCCCAUCUGAUACUCCAGAGUGGUGUUCAAAAAUGCCCCUACCAGUCUCCCCGACUUGUGACUUUCAAUCUCCAAACGUCUCUUCUCAUCUACUGCACAUGUUCAGAUACUCCUUGAAUAAAUAGUAUUUACGCAUUCUA